CCUCCUCCCGCACGGACCCAUGAACCAGCCGGGCGGCGCGGCGGCUCCGCAGGCUGACGGAGCCAGUACAGCUGGAAGAAAAAGCACCGCAAGCAGGGAGCGCUUGAAGCGCAGCCAGAAGAGUGCCAAGGUGGAGGGCCCUGAACCUGUGCCUGCCGAGGCCUCGCUGAGCGCCGAGCAGGGCACGAUGACGGAGGUGAAGGUAAAGACUGAGCUGCCUGAUGACUACAUCCAGGAGGUGAUCUGGCAAGGCGAGGCCAAGGAGGAGAAGAAGGCCGUCGGCAAAGACGGGGCCGGCGAUGUGCCUGCCGAGAUCUGCGUGGUGAUCGGCGGCGUCCGCAGCCAGCAGACCCUUGAUGGAAAAGCGCCCGAAGGCAGCCCCCACGGUGGAUCUGUGCGAAGCCGGUAUUCAGGGACCUGGAUUUUUGACCAAGCAUUGAGAUAUGCAUCUGGGUCCUACGAAUGCGGGAUCUGUGGGAAGAAGUACAAAUACUACAACUGCUUCCAGACCCACGUGCGGGCACACCGAGACACCGAAGCCACCUCAGGGGAGGGAGCCUCCCAGAGCAACAACUUCAGGUACACGUGUGACAUCUGUGGGAAGAAGUACAAGUACUACAGCUGUUUCCAAGAGCACCGGGACCUGCACGCUGUGGAUGUGUUUAGUGUGGAAGGAGCCCCUGAGAAUCGAGCAGACCCCUUCGACCAAGGUGUCGUGGCCACUGAUGAGGUGAAGGAGGAGCCCCCAGAACCAUUCCAGAAAAUUGGUCCAAAAACUGGCAAUUACACCUGUGAAUUCUGUGGGAAGCAGUACAAGUACUACACGCCAUACCAGGAGCAUGUGGCCUUACACGCCCCCAUCAGUACUGCCCCCGGGUGGGAGCCGCCAGACGAUGCAGACACGGGUUCUGAGUGCUCCCAUCCAGAGGUCACUCCAUCUCCACGCUUCGUGGCAGCGAAGACCCAGACGAACCAGUCGGGGAAAAAAGCUCCUGCCUCGGUGGUCCGAUGCGCCACGCUCUUACACCGCACCCCUCCAGCCACCCAAACCCAGACGUUCCGCACUCCAAAUUCUGGAUCUCCGGCAAGCAAGGCGACUGCAGCAGAAAGCGCUUUCAGUCGGAGAGUAGAAGGCAAAGCACAAAACCACUUUGAAGAGACCAACAGCAGUUCACAGAACUCCAGCGAGCCCUACACCUGCGGCGCCUGUGGAAUACAGUUCCAGUUCUACAACAACCUCCUGGAGCACAUGCAGUCACACGCAGCUGACAAUGAAAACAACAUCACCUCCAACCAGUCCCGAUCGCCCCCUGCUGUUGUGGAAGAGAAGUGGAAACCUCAGGGCCAGAGGAACAGUGCCAAUAACACCACGACCAGUGGUUUAACGUCCAACAGCAUGAUCCCUGAGAAGGAGCGGCAGAACAUCGCAGAGCGGCUGCUGCGGGUCAUGUGUGCUGACCUAGGCGCCCUCAGUGUGGUCAGCGGGAAGGAGUUCCUCAAGUUCGCCCAGACCUUGGUAGACAGUGGUGCCCGCUAUGGGGCCUUUUCAGUCACUGAGAUCUUGGGCAACUUCAACACGCUGGCACUGAAGCACCUGCCACGCAUGUACAACCAGGUGAAGGUGAAAGUGACAUGUGCCUUGGGCAGCAAUGCGUGCCUGGGCAUCGGUGUCACCUGCCACUCUCAGAGUGUUGGCCCAGACUCCUGCUACAUCCUCACAGCCUACCAGGCUGAGGGGAACCACAUCAAGAGCUAUGUGCUGGGUGUCAAGGGUGCAGACAUUCGUGACAGUGGCGACCUGGUGCACCACUGGGUACAAAAUGUGCUGUCAGAGUUCGUGAUGUCAGAGAUCAGGACAGUGUACGUGACGGACUGCCGGGUGAGUGCGUCCGCCUUCUCCAAGGCCGGCAUGUGCCUUCGCUGCUCAGCCUGUGCCUUGAACUCAGUGGUGCAGAGUGUGCUGAGCAAGCGGACGCUGCAGGCCCGCAGCAUGCACGAGGUCAUCGAGCUGCUGAACGUGUGUGAGGACCUGGCGGGCUCGACGGGCCUCGCCAAGGAGACCUUUGGGUCUCUGGAGGAGACGUCGCCACCACCCUGCUGGAACUCGGUGACAGACUCGCUGCUCUUGGUGCAUGAGCGCUAUGAGCAGAUCUGUGAGUUCUACAGCCGAGCCAAGAAGAUGAACCUCAUCCAGAGCCUCAACAAGCACCUGCUCAGCAACCUGGCCGCCAUCCUCACCCCGGUGAAGCAGGCAGUCAUCGAGCUGAGCAAUGAGAGCCAGCCCACCCUGCAGCUGGUGCUGCCCACCUAUGUCCGGCUGGAGAAGCUGUUCACAGCCAAGGCCAAUGAUGCGGGCACCGUCAGCAAGCUGUGCCACCUCUUCCUGGAGGCGCUCAAGGAGAACUUCAAGGUGCACCCGGCCCACAAGGUGGCCAUGAUCCUGGACCCGCAGCAGAAGCUCCGGCCUGUGCCGCCCUACCAGCACGAGGAGAUCAUCGGGAAGGUCUGUGAGCUCAUCAGCGAGGUGAAGGAGUCCUGGGCUGAGGAGGCUGACCUUGAGCCCGCCACCAAGAAGCCGCGCACCGCCGCUGGGGAGCACCCCGCGGCCCAGGAGGAUGAUCGCCUGGGGAAGAGCGAGGUGUACGACUACCUGCAGGAGCCCCUCUUUCAGGCCACCCCAGAUCUCUUCCAGUACUGGUCCUGUGUGACCCAAAAGCACACAAAGCUUGCCAAGCUCGCCUUCUGGCUGCUGGCUGUCCCGGCUGUGGGGGCGCGGAGCGGGUGUGUCAGCAUGUGUGAACAAGCGCUCCUCAUCAAGAGGAGGCGGCUGCUCAGUCCAGAAGACAUGAACAAACUCAUGUUCCUGAAAUCCAACAUGCUUUAAGACUGGGCUUCAGGAAAGUAGAAAAACGAAACAUAAAAAAGCAAACAAAAGGCGAACAUUAGAAAAACACGUAACACUGUCACAAAGAAAAGGAAUUUAAGUUCUAAACACUGUGGACCUCAUUCUAAAUGCCCCCUGGAAACUUAAGUGCUUCUUUUCAGUGUGUGUGUGUGUGUGUGUGUGUGUGCAUGUGUCCACACCCACACAUGUGCGCGUGUCUGAACACGUGUGCCAUAGGCGUGGGGCUUUGUGCUCAUCUGUGCAGCCAGAGAAAUCUCCACAUGCGUGCACACACACACAACCCUGGUGCAUGCACAUGUGCCUGCUCAAAGACGCGUGUGCAUGGGACUGGGCAUGCCAGGAAAGCCACGAGACUGGGAAAGAGGGAGAAGUUUCGCCUUUUCUAGGGAAGGGGCUCUAAAGACUCUGUUUUUCAGGUGUGCAGAUUGGGAGAAAUGUUGAAACGUUCAGGCAGCUGAGAUCUGAAGUGACUUGACAUCCCGUCCUCUGCCCCUGCCGCCCCGCCCCACCCCGCAGCCCCCCCACCCUAACAGCACCUGCCCCCCGCCCUAGCUGCUCUGCCGUGGAUUCUCCAAACUGCAUCCAAUGGACAGUUUCUGCACUGGACUUUGUUUCUCGUUCACCUUCAGGGCAUUGAGCUGCUGCCUUUGCGAUCACCCUUGGGUGUCCGCAGGCAGCCGCCUUAGAAACACACCUAUCUCCCCCAAAUCAGGAAAGGAGACUUUAAGACUAUAAAGCUGACAUUUUUCUUUUUAAUAUAAGAGAGAAAGAAAAAGAGACAUUUUUCAGAGAAGUAUAGAUAACUGUCUCCACUCAGUUUUUUUCCUAACGUUUUGGCAGUUUUUACCUUUUGGGGGAUUCAUUUUACCUUUUUUCCAAUUUGCGUUUGACUCUGCUAGGAGGCACUGAAUGUCUAUAACUUAUGUUUCGGAGUGUUUGGGUUUUUUUACUUAUCCUUUUCGUUCCUCACGUCACACUGUAAACUAGCUCAUCUCAGUGGUAUAUUCAGUAUCCUAAGGUUUUUAUCAGCCUUCCCUGUAUAGUCCGGUUUUCCUGUUCUCAGUCAGACAAGACAUGUGCUGUCUGGAGACUAAGGGAGGUGGAAGGGUCGUGGGUUCCUCAUGUGGGGUUUGGUGGAAGCUCUGUGGGCAGCACAUGGGGUCUCCUGAGUGUGAGCGAAAGCGCCACCUCCUGGUUUGUGUGUCUGGUACCAGGAGCAUCUGGCUUCUGUUCCGAGUGCCCUCCACUCCUCGCCACAUCCCCACCCUUCCGGCCCCUUGGGACUCCUGAGUUGAUCUAUAUUCAAGGCAGCCACAUCCCAGACCCAGUGUCUCCCUACUUCCCAGUGUUCCUUCAGGUAGUCGGCAGCCCUCAGGGGUCCCCAUGGGCACCAUCCAAAACCAACCAGGACAGCAGGUGAGCUUGGUGCCCUGCAGGCUAAACAGUUGGUGUUCUGCAAGUGGACACCUUCUACACAAUGCUGUGAUGGGGUAUCUAGGCCCCUCUCCUGAUUCUCCAGCCAUGAGCAACUGAGGUUCUCCUCAGAAGAUCCCAUUCUUUCCAAGAGAGAAAGAUCAGCUCAACCCCACCCCUAGUGAAUAAGGAGCUGGUGGUCCCCUGUCCCUCAGGUAGCUGUGUCCAUGGGAUAAGGAUGGUUGUGCUUCAGGCACCUGAGAAUGACCACCAUUGUGGGGGCUGUUUGCAAAGUCACCUUCUGCCACUGUGUGGGUUGGCUAAGUGGACCCCCCCCCAUGCACCCUAUAAUAAAGCAUUGUUCAACUGUGAGAUACCUCGACUACAAAAAGCACUGUACCAUAGCCCUCUCCUCUGGGGCCCUGGCAGGAUGGGAGUAAAGUUGGUUUAAAACUCAAGGCUUAAGCAUCGUGAUCUUGGGCCCAGAACCCUGUCUUUGGAGGCCAAGCCUGUACUCUUCACCUCAUGAAACUAACCCAGCUCUCCCUGCAGCACUGGACAUACUGAAAUGGGCCUUAGUGGGCCAUUGCCACAAUUGCCUCAGCAAGCCAUGGACCCAGGCUGGCUCCUCUCCUAGAGAACUUGCUCUAGGUGUUUCUUCUGCGUUGCCAACUCCUACCACUACCACCAGAACAGCCUCCAUCCACAGUGGAGCAGGAACAGGGAGAAUCCAGACGGGAACCAAAUGUCACUUCCUCACAAAUAUGAAACAUUGGCAGAUUCUUUGACGAGACCUUUGGAAUUCUGGAAGGUGGGCUCUGGGUUGCCGAUUGACAGAUGUUUCUUACCAAUUUUGCUUGACUGCUGGAUGGGAUGAUUGCAACUUGGCACUCUUAGCCACACUGGAAGGACGGGAGCUGCCCGUUUGGGUUGUCAGUGAAAGCAGAGCCAGUUAUGUUGCCCGGGCUGACACUAAGCCAGUGAAUUACAAAACCAGCAGCCAUACCUACAUACACAGAGCACUUGGUGGUCUCCUCAUCAGGGCAUGAGAUCCUUGCCCUCCAGAAUGAAAAUUAGAGUAAGUCAUACUUACUGGAAGUAGCCAAAAUUAGGUUGUCCACUUAAAUAACUCAGUUCUUUUGCACCUCAGUUCAGUACUUAGGCUCAGCUUGCCUCCACAGGUUUCCUGUAAAUGCUGUCAGGUCUGCAGAAAUCUGCCCCCUGGGGCUUCCUUGUCUAUCUAGCUAGCACAGUAGCAGGCAGUCAUUUCUCUCCUGCAACCUAUGGUUCCCCAGAAACUGGUGUCACCAACAGGAAAGGCUGUGUGCCAGGUGCCCCCUUGGCCUGCUUUCUCAUGCAGGCUAUUACCAUGGUGCAAAUCCUGCUCCGACAGGCAGCUUAACAAAACCCAAAGACCACACAGGUCCGCCCCCUGCCCCAUUAUUUCUAGCAAUAUCCACCUUACCAAAUUUCCAGCUCAUCCAAAGGACUAAGAUGGGCUCUUCCAGUUCAUCUCCUGCUACCUGGCCUGGCCUUAACCUUCAGAAAGGUUUUGUCAUCUGCCCACAGUGCUGUGACUACCAUAAGUCUCUUCCACAGGCCUUUGGGAGUUGGGAGACCAGGAAGUUGGACCAUUUCUGUCAUACCUUUGCAAGUUAAAGUGGCUGCCUGCUGACCUGUAUACAGCUUACCUCAAGCUGAGUGAUUUCCAUGACAGAAACAGCUUUUGUUUCUCAACAUCCAUGGACCCAAGAAGGAAGUGGAGAAAAUACACUUCUGCUCAGCGUAGCGUUUCCCCCUCUGUGGUCAUCAACAGAGCCAAGCCAAGGACUGCAGUCCCUCGGAUUUUCAUUAACCUGAGGCUCUCAGGUCUACCAGGAGGAUGGCUUAUCCUGACUGUGGAUCAUGCAAGCAUCCCAGCACAGCUCCAUGUGCCUAGGUCAGGUCCCUCUCUGAUGGCAUUUAGGAACCAAAAACUGGUGCCACCUGAGAAAACUUGUCUGCUCUUCAUUUCUGUGGGUUCGCACACAGAAGGCCACCUGUUGCAUCACAAUUCAGGACAUGUCCCCACCAUCCUGUUUAAUGGCUUCUUACUUGGCAGCAGGAAGAAUGCACCAAGGUUUCCUGGCAAGGAGAGAAGGGCAGCCAGUGGACAGAUGGGGAGUCGUGGAUCUCUAGAAGUCCAGGAGGGAAUUUUAGCACCAGCCCCCUGGUCUGCUGAGGGUCAUCUCUGGCAAUUUGACCUGUUACUGCUUGCACUUUUCUAGGAACACCAGAGAAUUCUGCAGGACAUUUGCCACCUUGAAGCCAAGACCUCUGCCUUUGGGAGUCCCCUGUUAACACCUGCUUUCCUAGGCUUGGGUUUGUCUCCUCAAAGAGUGGGCUCCUGGAGAGACACCAGAGGUGCUGCAUGUACUGUGUGGGGCCGCAGAGUAACCAGGAGGUUUGCAGUGGAGCCAGGACAAAGGUGGAAAUCAGAAACCUGUGAGAUGCUCAGCAGGGUCAUCAGGACUAUCAUCGCGGCGCUGUGCUUGAAGAGGCCGGGCCGAGGGCGUGGUGGGCGGCCUCCUUAUCCUAUAAGCUGAACCAAAUUCCAAGCUUCGCCCUGGCCUUGGGAAUGUGGCAAUCACGCUAUCUCUGGGAUGUAUUAGAGGACUCCUGGGAAGGCCGUAGUUCUGAUGGAACCGAGCGACUGCACGAAGCUCAGGCUGUGCCCUGGAGACAGCAGACGGGCUCUGGUCCCUGCCCUGCCGGCCCUACCCCCGCUGGGCAGUGGGUGAUGAGAGAAGAGAGCUGCCCCUCUUCACUGUGGCUAAUGAUUGCUAGGCCAGUUAUGGUGAACCAAUGAUAACGGUGUUUUCCCUCUUUAGUUUCCCUCCAGGUCUCCCCUUUGCAGGACUCCCGGGGGGGAUUUUGUUGUUCUUUUCUUUGGUUUCUUCCUCUCUCAUUUGGGUCUAAAGAUCGGGAGAGCCCUGGCUUCUGCCCAAGGAGCCCCGCGUUUUCUAUAUGAGAAGGCGCUUGCUCACCCGCAGGGGGAUAAAGGAGCAGCUCUGAGUCGCUGUGUGCCGCCCUCAGGCCCCCGCCCGGGUCGUGGGCACUGCACUGACAAUUCAGCUCCUGUACCAAGGAUUCGCCAGGUUUGCAUCUGGGCAUUAGCGUCACGACCCUGCAGGGUCUGGCCCACCCAAGCAUCCCACUGGGCACCUUGAUUCUUCGAACCAAAGUUCCUUAAAGGGGCCCAGCCCAACCUUGUCCACAACCUCAGGAGCCUGGGAUUUCUGUGGCACAGCCUGAAAUCCUGGUUGGCACAGACCACGGAGUCUGAGACCCACCAGAAGGAACGGCUCCUCCCGCAACCCAGCGCCAACCCGUCUCUGCCUAGGGCCUCCGGCUGCCCAGCCAGGAUGGGUGGCUUCCCGAGGGGCAGGCGAAAAACUCAUGGACCGACACGGGCUGAGCCUUGCAGUCAGGAGAGAGAGAGAGCCCUGCGGCAGGGACGUCCGCAGCCCAAGCGUCAGGAAAUCAUUUUGUACAACCACCCGGAGCAGAGAUAUUUUUUAAGAAGCGUAAAUUAUUUUCAGUUUUCUGACCCUACCUUUUUCUUUUCCCCACAACUUCACGUCAGUGACUCAUUCACGUCAGGUAAAUCUCGAGAACGCCUUGGUGCCCCCUCCUGCCUGCCCACCCCCACUCAGAAACCAUGUGCGUGUGCCCCUCGCCCCUUCUCAGUAGUUACGACGUUCUAGGCAAUACCAUAGGCACAUCUGACUGUGUCUCUCUCUUCGAGUGCAAGAAACUCAAGUCAUCUUAAAAAAAUUUACAAAAAAGCAAACACAAAAAAAAAUAAUAUCUUUUUUAGGCCAGAGUUUUCUACAGGUAUUAAUGAAUAUUUUUCUUAAUCCUUAUAAGUUUUAUGUGUUUAAUAUUUCUUAAUACCGGUAGCAUUAAUUUAUACUUUUGUAGCAACACAAUAUUUUUAUAAACAGCCAGUGCUUGGCUCAAGUCUCCACGGGGGUUUAUGCAGGGCCACCUUGGGACCCUGUGUACCAUGUACUGUAUUUAAAAAAUAAAAAGUUACCUAGUGUCACACUCGCUGUGUUAACAAGAGAUGUUGUUGGCAGUCUCCUUGAUUGUUGGUGUGCAUCCAACUGUUCGCAAGGAGUCACAUUGCAUGGGGGUUGAGUUGACAGUUCUUGUGACAUGUAGACCCCCGAGACCAAACUUGAGGGUUUAUUUAGGGUUUUGUGUGUGUCCUUUGGGUUUUUGUUUCAUUUUGUUUUGGUACCGUUUCUCCAUUUACAGCCAAAUCAGUUUCAUGAUGUGUAAACCUUCUACUGAUGUCAAAUGGAGGAAAGGAUCAGAAACACAAAUUUUUUUUACAAAGUAAUAAAAUUUAAAACUGAGCUGUUUAAAUGUCGCUGUUUUUACCUGUCUGUUCUUGUCCAAAAGUGGACAUUCUCUGGGAGGAGAGUUCCACCCGGUUCCUUCAGUCGCCCAAAGCCCCAGCCCAGGAUUCUGUACCCCACUGGCACCCUGAAUUUUCACAAUGUUAUUCCCAGUUGGUCGAUGCCAAGGCAAAAGGACAUCCUUUUAAUGGUUAGAGAGCAUCAGUUGCUUAAAUGAGUUCAUGUCAGUGUUGUAUUUAUGGUUUUACAAUAAAAUGACCUUUAGGAAGA